AUGAAAUUCCAAGCAAUCUUCGCAUUCAUGAUCGCCAGUUUGGCCGCCGCAUCCUAUGCUCAACCAUGCACCAUCACUCUCAAAGGUCAAUUUACUCAUACAUUCAGUGGACAAUCUGGCUGCUACGGAGCCGAUUCUACAGAUCCUAUCAGCGUAAUCAACGCACCUAACGACGUCACUUAUGAACUUUACAAUGACUAUAACUGCAAUGGCCUUGUUUUCAUCGGUUCUGGCGUCAACACGUUUAAUUACCCGGUGCAAGCCAGAUCUGUCAAAUUAAUGUGCCCCUCCUGGUAA